GCUGGUUUGUAACCACUACUACUAAAGCCAGACUGCAGCGAAGAACGAGACGGACAUGUCGGAGAGCCGGAGAAAAGAUGCUGCGCAAAACGGUGCAGUCCAUAGCACUAGUACAGAGCCACACGUGGCCAGACCAAAUGUUGGCAACAGGGUGACUGUGGUGCUAGGGGCUCAAUGGGGCGACGAGGGCAAAGGGAAAGUUGUGGACCUGCUCGCUCAGGACGCCGAUAUUGUUUGCAGAUGCCAGGGUGGUAACAAUGCAGGACACACGGUGGUGGUGGACUCUGUCGAGUAUGACUUCCACCUUCUACCCAGCGGCAUUAUCAACCCUAAGGUUACUGCUUUCAUUGGUAAUGGGGUAGUGAUCCACCUGCCUGGCCUCUUUGAGGAGGCUGAGAAGAAUAUGCGCAAAGGCAAAAGUCUGGUGGGCUGGGACAAGAGGCUGAUCAUUUCAGACCGAGCACACAUUGUGUUUGAUUUCCAUCAAGCGGUCGACGGUGUGCAAGAGCAGCAGAGACAAGAGCAAGCGGGCAAGAACCUUGGAACAACGAAAAAGGGGAUUGGCCCAGUGUACUCAGCCAAAGCAGCCCGCAGCGGCCUCCGGAUAUGUGACCUCAUGUCUGACUUCACGCAGUUCUCUGAAAGAUUUAAAGUCUUAGCCUCGCAGUAUCAGUCUAUGUACCCGACCCUGGUGAUUGACAUCGAUGGAGAGUUGUGCAAGUUGAAGGAUUACGUGGAGAAGUUAAAGCAUAUGGUGAAAGAUGGCGUCUUCUACAUGUACGAGGCCCUACAUGGACCUCCCAAAAAGAUCCUGGUAGAAGGAGCCAACGCUGCCCUCUUAGAUAUUGACUUUGGAACGUACCCUUUCGUGACCUCGUCUAACUGCACAGUAGGCGGGGUGUGCACGGGCCUAGGCAUGCCGCCUCAGAACGUGGGUGAGGUGUACGGCGUGGUCAAGGCCUACACCACCCGGGUUGGCAUCGGAGCCUUUCCCUCUGAGCAGUUCAAUGACGUUGGGGAGCUCCUGCAGACGAGGGGGAAAGAAGUGGGUGUGACCACGGGCCGUAAAAGGAGAUGUGGUUGGCUGGACCUCGUGCUCAUCAAAUAUGCACACAUGAUUAACGGCUUCACUGCCUUAGCUCUCACCAAGCUAGACAUCUUGGAUGUGCUCCCUGAGAUCAAAGUUGGUGUGUCAUACUCUGUGGAUGGUGAAAAUAUACCUCAUUUUCCAGCCAACCAGGAAGUCUUACAAAGUGUUGAGGUUCAGUAUGCCAUCCUGCCAGGUUGGAACAGUGACACCUCUGCCGUCAGAACGUUCGAUGAGCUGCCAGAGAAUGCCCAGAAAUAUGUCCGCUACAUUGAGGAGCACCUCGGUGUGCCCGUGAAAUGGAUUGGAGUCGGAAAAUCUCGGGAGUCCAUGAUCCAGAUCUUCUAAGACCUUCUCCUCCAGACCACACCCUCAGUCUCCUUUCCCUACCUCCGGAUGGCUGCCUGAUUCCAGAGGGCUGCCUGGUUCCAGGGGCCUGUGGCCUGGGAAGGUGGUCUAUGCUGCAUGACCCCCCCCCAUGUAUCUGCUCUUCUGCCACACUUGCACAUGCACUACAUACACACUCCUAUCCAUUCAAUAUCCCCAUAUUCCAACCUCUGAUCCAGAUGUGUGACACAGUCAUUGACCCAUCUACAAACCAAUGUCAGACUGUUCAGUAUGACCAUGUGUACAGAGCUGCAGUGGAACUUGGUUGAUUCACUACUACUAAACGGUGAGCAUGUUGAUGGUUCAUCUUGCUAUUAAACUCCACAUUUGAAAUGACGCAUGAAUGCAAUCCUAAAUUUAAGCUCCAACGCAAACACGAUGUAGAUAUGCUAAACUCUAGUCUCAGGACUUCUACACGAUCAUAUCAGUGUAUAUUUUAUUUCUAGGACUAGGUAUGGUUGAUUCUGUUCUACUACUAUUAGACGUGUGGAUGUUUCUGCAGAUGUAGUGUAUUAGACAGCAGAUUGUCUCCUGACUCAGUGACCACUAACACGUGUUUCCCGUUUGUAUAUUAGUGAUUGAAAUAGAACUAUCUAAAUAUUUAAAAUUAAAGACAUGAAAUGAUCUUGCCUGUUUACAUAUGGAUUGAAUAUAUAAACCUCUAUGGCUCAAUUAUGAAAUAAAAAUAGUUACCGGGAGAGGCAUGCGUUCAAGUUCAACCUUGUACAUAAGGUGCCUAUUCAUGUAGAAUGGGAAAAAAUGAGUUUGCCUUUAUCUGCAGGUCUCUACAGAGAUGGGUGUAGACUGCUGUGAAAGAAGGGCUUUCUACAUUGGUGGUGGAGUGCUUUCUCUUUUUAUAUGUGGACGUGUCAGACUAGUGUCAGACCUCUUCCCCCUUUCCACAGGAAUGGGUUUUUUGUUACAGCCUUAUUCUAAUAAGGAUUAAAUUCAAUGUCUUCCUCAUCAAUCUACACACAAUACCCCAUAAUGACUACGUGAAAAUGGGUUAUUAGAAAUGUUUGCACAUUUAUACAAAAUAAAUACCUUCUCUACAUAAGUGUUCAGACCCUUUGCUAUGAGACUCCAAAUUGAGCUCAGGUGCAUCCUGUUUCCAUUGAUCACCCUUGAAAUGUUUCUACAACUUGAUUGUACCUGUGGUAAAUUCAAUUGAUUGGACAUGAUUUGGAAAGGUGCACACGCCUGUCUAAGGUCCCACAGUUGUCAGUGCAAAAACCAAUCCAUGAGGUUGAAGGAAUUGGCCGUAGAGCUCGAGACAGGAUUGUGUCGGCACAGAUUUGCAUCAUUUAAGGUCCCAAGAACAGUGGCCUCCAUUGUUCUUAAAUGGAAGAAGUUUGGGAACCACCAAGACUCUUCCUAGAGCUGGCUGCCCAGCCAAACUGGGCAAUCGGGGGAGAAGGGCCUUGGUCAGGGAGGUGACCGAGAAUCCGAUGGUCACUCUGACAGAGCUCCAGAGUUUCUCUGUCGAGAUGGGCGUACUUUCCAGAAGGACAACCAUCUCUGCACUACUCCACCAACCAGGCCUUUCUGGUAGAGUGGCCAAGCGGAAGCUACUCUUCGGUAAAAUUCACAUGACCACCCGUUUGGAGUUUGCCAAAAGGCACCUAAAGGACUCUCAGACCAUGAGAAACAAGAUUAUCUGGUCUGAUGAAACCAAGAUUGAACUCUUUGGCCUGAAUGCCAAGCGUCACGUCUGGAGGAAACAUGGCACCAUCCCAAGGGUGAAGCAUGGUGGUGGCAGCAUCAUGCUCUGAAGAUGUUCUCAGCAGCAUGGAGUGGGAGACUAGUCAGGAUCGAGGGAAAGCGGAACGGAGCAAAGUACAGAUGUCCUUGAUUAACGCAUGCUCAGGACCUCAGACUGGGGUAAAGGUUCACCUUCCAACAGUACAACGACUCUAAGCCCACAGCCAAGACAACGCAGGAGUGGCUUCGGGACAAGUCUCAAUGUCCUUGAGUGGCCUGGACUUGAACCUGAUCAAACAUCUCUGGCGAGACCUAAAAAUAACUGCAACGACACUCCCCAUCCAACCUAACAUAGCUUGAGAGAAUCUGCAGAGAAGAAUGGUGCCAACCUUGUAGCGUCAUACCCAAGAAGACUCGAGGCUGUAAUGGCUGCCAAAGGUGCUUCAACAAAGUACUGAGUAAUGGGUCUGAAUACAUGUGUAAAUGUGAUAUUUACAAUUCUAAACCUGUCGCUUUGUCAUUAUGGGGCAUUGUGUAGCUUGAUGAGGAGGGGGGGGGACACACACCUAUAAAUCAGUUUUUAGAAUAACGAUGUUGAGGCGUCUGAAUACUUUCCGAAUGCACUGUAGUUACGGUGUCGGGUACAUUCUUACAUAACUGCUCUACUGAAAACGGUGAUCUCUUAGCUUAUGUUCACUGGUAAAGUCUGUUUCAUUGUUCCAUGUGGAUUUUAAGAUAUCAGACUGUUAUUUUAGUGGCUUUAAAUGUUAACCUGGGCCUUGUAUGUCAGAGGUAUUCAGGCAUCUUUUCUACCUUGAGGCUCGUCCUGAAAUGAGUGGCUAGGUCCAAAAGAAGGCUACACCAAAGCUUUCACCUACACUACAGUGAUGUCCUCAAGGAAGGAAGGGUGUAUUUUAUAAAUAGUCAAAACAGGGUCCAGGUCCUACCCCCCCCCCCGUGUAGUGUCUUGAAGGUGGCUUAGUAUUGUGUUCUCUAUCCCACCACAUCAGCUCAACAUGGCAUGCUUAACAUUGUUGUUUGAGUGGGAUCCAAUCAACUAGUCAGUUUAUUAGGCUUUGAGGAGCAAUGUGUAAAAUGAAUUGACAACGAGCCACCUUCAGCCAAAAACAAAUGUGUGGGGUGCAAAAGGAGUUUUUGAUGCUUUGAGACAGGGAUGAAAUGUAGAGUACAGUGGAUCUUGAUCCAGGUGAAAAAUCCAGAUUUUGUUAGAUGUUUGCUGUACAGUGUGUUUUCUUCCCAGCACUACCUUCCAAAGUCACUAAUCUCAGUAAUAAUAUUAAUUAGUGCCAUUUAAAAAAACAUUUAUUGGCUUGAUGACUAGGUUUUAAUCUAACUCCACUUUUUAUCCUGUUUUCAUUUGAACAUUGCACAUGUUAACAUAUUUGGUCUUAUGUUUUGAAACUAUUUACCUACUUUCAGUUCUGUAAUGUGUUGCUGCUUUGUUAACUCUAAGUAAGUGUGUGUAUAUGAAAUCCAAUACCAUAUGAUCGUCAUCUUAUUGUAGCUCUGUGUUCAAUAUGCUUUUUUUUCGACUGGAGUUUUAUCAAAUGUCAUUUGUACAGUACUGGUCUUAAAAAAAAAAAAAAUUACAAAGUAAUUUCAAUAUUAAACAAUUGUUAAUACAACCCUAGAACAAGAUUCCAACUAAUAAAUUAAACAUGAGAAAUAU